ACGUCGAAUAAUCGUGUGUGGGUGGUGAAGUAAGGAGCUGUCAGAUGUGAAGAGAAAGUAAGCAACAGCUGGAACAUCAUGUCUUAUUCAAAUGAUGAUGGAUGAUGGCCUAAGUAAGCCCUGAAUGACACGGGGGUACAUCGUCCAAGUCACAGAUGGAAAGUAUUCCUGUUGUAGACCUGACGUCACUAAGAUCCAGCCUCUCCACUCUCACACUACAAAGUGAUGUCCACUCCUGCAGAACAGUGCUAGCCAAGGUUCUUGCUGCGAAAACAAAUGGCAUGGAUUUGACGGACAUGAUUCCAAAGAUCUUGAAGCUUUUAGCUCAUCCAGACCUCAUAGCAAAGAAGGUUGUGUAUUCUAUUUUAACAGAAUAUGCACAUCAACAGCCUGACAUUGCUUUGCUGGCAAUCAACACGCUAACACAGGAAUGCUCGAACGGCAACCCAAUGGUCCGCGGCUUGGCUUUAAAAACGGUUUGUUCACUCAAUCAUGACAACUUUUUCGAGUAUGGUCAGACUGCCGUCGAUUCAGCCUUGAAGGACAGUAGUGCUUUUGUGAGGCGGGUCGCAGUGAACUGCUGCGGAAAGCUUCAUCACAGAUCCCCGAACGUCUGCCAGGAAAGUGGACUGACAGAUAAACUCUACCAGAUCAUACGUGACCCGGACCCUAUUGUAGCUGUCAAUGCUGUCAUGACCUUAGAGGAAAUUUUGAGAGAUGAAGGAGGACUUGUGGUGAAUAAAAACAUCUCCCAUUAUCUGCUGAACAAGCUAGAGAGCCUGACUCCGUGGGGACAGAUAUACAUAAUGAACGUCUUAGUCAGAUACACGCCCAAGUCAGAGGACGAAACUUUUGAUAUUCUGAAUGUUUUGGAUAAAUAUUUAACCCACAACAGUUGUAGUGUGUCUCUAGCUUGUUUGAAAUUAUUUAGUCACCUUACCAAAAAUCUCCCUCAUUUAAGAGAAGAAGUAUUAAAGAGAAGUCUUACUGGAAUCUGUUCCGUUUUAACAUCAGGGAAUCACGAACUUGUAUAUUGUGUCAUUGAAGUUUUGGAAGAGUUUUUGAAGGAGGCAGGUGGUGUCAUAUCAUGUCAAUAUAAAAAUAUAUUCUGUAAGUACAAAGAGCCUGUCUAUCUGAAACAGAAGAAAAUUGACAUGUUACCGUCGCUUGUUACGGAAGAUAACGGAAGUGAGAUUUUAGACGAACUCUGCCUGUAUACAACCGAUUCCUCCAAGUCUGUAUCACUUAGUGCUAUCACUGCCAUGGGAACAGUGACCAUGGUUCAACCCUCCGCCAUCAAAUACUGCUUCACCAAAUUCAAGCAUCUGAUUGAGACAGAUGUGGCGUACAUUUUAUCCAACACACUCCAAGUCUUACAGCGUAUAGACAUGCGCCACAUGGAGGAAUUCACUGACCUUGUCAACCUGAUCACCACCAAAAUUGACCUGCUCCAAGACGACGCUGGUAGAUGUGCCUUCCUGGCAAUACUUGGCCGGUACGGAGACAAAAUUACAGAUAGUCCGUAUGUCCUGGAAGAUUUCCUGGAAAUGUUUGAUGAAGACAACAUUAUGAGUCCCCUUGUACAGCUAUACGUGUUGACAACUGCUGUACAGAUGUUUUACCAUCACCCCGGAGUUUGUCAGGGAAUGCUCGGCGAGGUCCUGGAGACGUGUGCUGCCUCCUCGAACAAAACUGUACAUGACCAGGCCGUAUUAUACUAUACACUGAUGGCUACUGAUGUUAACGCAGCCAAAGAAAUCCUCAUGUGAUCCUCCAAUACUGCUACACUGACAACCUGUACUACCUACAAUAAAACUUUGAGUGUGAUGUCCAAUAUAUUGUGAUCAACAGCUGCCAAAAAUCAAAUUUUAUUAUGAUGCUUUUACAUAGGUCACCUGAUGACAACCGACAACUGCCACAGAUCAAAUUCUCAUCAGCCACAAUGAAUGUCUGAUGUCAUUCCCUAACAAACAGGAAGUGAUUUCAUUGGCUAAACAAGGUUCACCUUGACCGCCCUGACACAUGACCUUACGACUCCCUGUUCAGAUAUUGUAUUACCGAACGGUAAUCAUAAUUACCUAUACCCUGAGUACAUACUGUACAUUAACACUUAGCUACCUCCUGUCUAGUGGUAAAAUCUAAGUUGUAUCACCAAAACAAUGCCUUGUAGAAGUUUGAUAUCUCUAGCUGUGUAUAACAAAGGGCAUGAUUAAAGGGAAAACUACAUGUAUCUCUGUUUAAUAUUAUUUUAUUAAUAACAAUAUUAAUUUUACAACCUAUAUACUGUAUGCUGGGAAAUUUUCGGUGCCAUUUAAUUUUCACCUUUUUCACCCUUCUUAAUGAAGGCAAAUUUCUCAUCAGUAACAGAGAAUAAUUGUAAACACCAUGAUAUAAAUAGUAAUUAAAUUUGAAGGGCAAAAUUAAUAUUGGGUGAAAAUCGAUUUUACCAUUGAAGCUCGAAAAUUUGACACGACAAAAAAUUCUCCAUAUAUACAGUUCACUAAACUUGGUGAUAGAUCGUAAAGUAACCGUUCUUCAAAUGUGGUGACAGUCGCAAAUUUGGAGUUACACAACUAUUUCAACGACCGUUUGGUAUAUUUUCGUCAAACAUGAUCGCUAAAAUGUAUCAAAUGUGGUCGUUUAACAUAAUUUUUGGGCAAGUAUUGGACGGUCGCUGGUCGUGUUAGACAGAUGGUCGCUUAAUACAGUUAAAUUACAUAGUAAAAACGGUCGGGAGGAAUGAAAAGUGGUCGCAUAAAACAGAUGGUCGUUUAAUAGAUGGUUGCUUGAGCAAAUUCGACUGUACUGUAAUUAUUAUACAUCUUGCAGCUAGUUAUAACAUGAGCUAGAAACAAGUGGUAAAAUAAAUAAGGGAUCAGACAUACAUAUUGUUUUUUUAUAAGAUUUUAAAAUCCACUUUGUACACCUUCAAUAUUUGUGACCUCGUUGAUUGUAUUAUGUAUGUACCUUCAAUGGUUGUUAUCUGUUAAAGUAAAUAAGGCUGUUUUGUAGAAAAUGGGAUUAAUUCAUAUUGAGAAUCAAUAUGAUCCCUGUAUUAAGUUUUUAGUGUUAUAGAUGGAUUUCAUAUGAUUUCCAGUCUCGUUAAGCAUUAUUGACAGGUUUCUAGCUGUAAUGCAUCAAAAAUGUUAUGUAACAUACAAACUGUUUGAUUAUAUGAAGCUUGAGUUUUGAUAUACCUCAAAAUCUUAUCCCAACAGCAACUAACAACUAACAAGCAAAAUUGCAUUACUGCUUCACAUUUUAUAAGCAUAUUAAGAUGGGUUUGCUUUAAAUCAAGGGUUUUCAGGUUUUAAACUUGUCCAGAUGUGUACAGUCAGUAUACAUAUCCACAACUGUAUCUAUUAAAUUUCUGUUAAUCAAAUGAGUGUAAAUACAUGUAUAUGACAGGUGAAUAUUUAAAUCUUACUCUUUACAGUUAAAUAUUAUAUGCUACAAUGUACUUAACACAAUAUACCUGGGAUCUAUGUUAGAGUUAAGGUUAUAUGCUACCUAACACAUUAUCCCUGGGAUCUAUGUUAGAGUUAAGGUUAUAUGCUAACUAACACAUUAUUCCUGGGAUCUAUGUAAGAGUUAAGGUUAUAUUCUACCUAACACAUUAUUCCUGGGAUCUAUGUAAGAGUUAAGGUUAUAUGCUACCUAACAUAUUAUACAUGGGAUCAGUGUUAGAUUUAAAGUUAUAUGCUACCUUACACAUUAUACCUGGGAUCAGUGUUAGAGUAAAGGUUAUAUGCUACCUA